AUGCUGGCAUCCCGCCAGCUUCUGCGCCAGCCCGUCACGGCCAGCGCAGUCGCCAGAAUAGUCGCGCAGCGCAUGUACGCCACACCCUCCGGCCCCCCGCCCACCGGCUUCAGGCAGAAGAGGCCCAUCUCAUGGCACGAGGACAAGGAGAGCACACUGGACAAGGCCGGCCGAUACUUCCUCAUGACGGAGAUGUUCAGGGGAAUGUAUGUGGCACUGGAGCAGUUCUUCAGACAACCAUACACAAUCUUCUACCCUUUCGAGAAGGGUCCCAUCUCCCCCAGGUUCCGUGGCGAGCACGCCUUGAGACGGUAUCCCUCGGGCGAGGAGCGAUGCAUUGCUUGCAAGCUCUGCGAGGCCGUCUGCCCUGCCCAGGCCAUCACAAUUGAAGCCGAGGAGCGUGCGGAUGGAUCCCGAAGAACGACGCGGUACGAUAUCGACAUGACCAAGUGCAUCUACUGUGGUUUCUGCCAGGAGUCGUGUCCCGUCGACGCCAUUGUGGAGUCGCCCAACGCAGAGUACGCUACGGAGACGAGAGAGGAGCUGCUGUACAACAAGGAGAAGUUGCUGGCCAACGGUGACAAGUGGGAGCCUGAGCUGGCGGCAGUCAUCAAGGCCGACCAGCCUUACCGAUAA